GAGAGAGAGAGGGAGAGAGAGAGAGCGAGAGAGAGAGGAGAGAGAGAGGGAGAGAGAGAGAGCGAGAGAGAGAGAGGAGAGAGAGAGGAGAGAGAGAGAGAGCGAGAGGAGAGAGGGAGAGACCACAAGCAGCAACCUCAGCACCAGGAAAUUCUAGAGCUUUGGAAGCAGCAUCCGGCUGCAAUUCUGUCACGAUGAGCGGCAGUGAAGCUAAAGACUACAUUUCUAAAAGGGAAAUACCUCUCCUGUUCGAGAGUAUGCUGACAGGCCUGAUGUACCAUCGUCCUGAGGAACCCAUUGAGUACCUGGAGAGCUGCCUGAAGAAAGUCAGGGAGAUGGGUGGACUGGAGAGAGUGCGAUGGGAUACCUUCAUCGUUCAGGAGAAGAGGGCACUGCCACCUGUCGGCGGGAGCCAGGGGAGAAGAGCCAUCUAUCGGAGCGUCCUCUCAGAGAGCCACAGUCUAGCUCAUGACCGCUACGACCGUCUGCCCCCCAUCCACCAGUUCUCCAUCGAGAGCGACACAGACCUGUCGGAGACGGACGAGCUGAUCGAGGAGUACGUGGUGUUCGACCCCUCGAAACCCAGGCCAAGGGUCAUCCUGGUCAUCGGAGGGCCAGCGAGUGGCAAGGGGACCCAGAGCAUGAAGAUCGCAGAGCGCUACAGAUUCAUCCACAUCUCGGUGGGAGAGCUCCUGCGUGAAAAGAUGCUGCACAACGCAAGCACCAACAGGAAGUGGGGCCUGAUAGCAAAGAUCAUCACCAAUGGGGAGCUGGCACCACAGGAGACGACGAUCAGUGAGAUUAAACAGCAGCUGAUGCAGCACCCAGACGCUCAGGGAUUUGUGAUUGAUGGCUUUCCCCGAGAGAUCUCUCAAGCGAUCUGCUUCGACGAUCAGAUCUGUGUGCCAGACCUGGUGAUCUAUCUUGCCUGCGCCAACUUGCGACUGAGGGAGAGGCUGGAGAAGCGAGCAGAACAAGGCCGACCUGACAACAACCCCAAGGCUAUCCACCGGCGCCUCGCCACCUUCAAGCAGAAUGCCAUCCCGCUGGUCCAAUACUACCAAGAGAAAGGUCUCAUUGUGACGUUGGAUGGAGACAGGGAGGAAGAGGAGGUGUUUGCAGAUAUCAAGACGACCGUCGAUGGGAAGAUCGCCCCGGGCAAACAUCCUGAGGCAGGUGUCAGUGCGUCUCCCCUCCCUCCAGCAGCGGAAGCCAGCGUGGACGCCGAGGCAAAGCCUCUGGAAGGUGGAGCUGGUGAAGAUCUCCUGUCAGAAAAAUUGAAGGCCACCAAAAUUAUCUUCGUGAUUGGGGGCCCCGGAUCAGGGAAAGGGAGCCAGUGCAUGAAAAUAAUGGAGAAAUACGGCUUCACGCACCUGUCCACAGGGAACCUGCUGCGGAAGGAGAUAACCAACGAGACGGAGCGAGGGAAAAGGAUCAAGAAGAUAAUGGUCGAAGGAGGCUUGGUUCCACUGGGAGUAACGCUGGAGAUUCUGAAGGAUGCCCUGUUGGAGAAUCUGCAAGAGACAAAAGGCUUCAUGAUUGAUGGUUAUCCCCGGACCUUGAAACAGGCUGAAACAUUUGAUCAAUCAUUCGCACCUCCCAGUAUCGUACUUCUCAUUGACUGCAGCCCUGAGGUCAUGAAGCAGCGCCUAAUAAACCGCGGACAAACGGGCGGACGCUUCGAUGACAACGAGGUGACCAUCAGCAAGCGUGUUCAGACCUACUUUGCUGACUCCGUUCCUGUUGUGAAACACUACGAAAACAAAGGACUGCUGCGGAAGAUUCAAGGGGAAGGAACAGAGGAGGACGUUUUCCAGAGCAUCACUGCCAUCAUCGAUGAAUUUUAGCUGCAGAAUCUCCGCGUCGGAAAAUCCCACAACAGCUGUCCGUGAAUCAGAUUCCCCGCAAUUGGCAUCAAGCAUUUGUGUUCAUGGCUGCUAAGGAGGAUUAACCGAGACCCCACCAAUAAAAAGCGAGUUAAAACUCCUGGAUAACUUUCACCCACAGCCCUUUAGAAACUAAUGUUCCAUUGCAGUGAUUUUGUGUGUAUACUUUCUUUACAAAAAGGAGGGAUGAAUACAGAUUUUUCUUUUGAAGCUAAGUACCAUAUAUAUAUAUAUAUAUAUGUAAGAAAACACAAGCCCAAUGUCCGUGUUAACUCUCCACAAGUUUGGGUCUGAUCUGGGAUCUCUUUCAUAAUUUGAACAAAGCUACUCUAAUGCAGGGCAACAUCUGUAACAGAAGGCAGAAGGCAUAGGAGCAAUCAGGGCUUAAUUUACUGUGUGGCACUAAACCAGCAAAGGGUCCCUAAUGUCCCCCUGUAACACACCCACACCCCUGUGCUGUCCAACCUCACAGACUGUUUUACCAGUGCUUUAUUUUGGACACUGUUAUACAUCGUCACGCUGUAAUUGGGGAUUAGACCACGUCACAGUGCUCUGGUGUGUUGGCCUGUGGAAGCAGCUGCAGAUUGGCUGCCAUCUCCUGACUGAGAUAAACACCAGAAAUUCCUGGGAAAGACACUCAGCAGGCCGGCCGGUGUCUGUGGAGAGAAACAACAGAUGCUUUGUCAGAACUGGGGAAGAGAGAGAUACGAGUUAGUAAGAAGGAAGGAGGGAGGAUGGAUCUGUGGAACAAAACAAGUUUAAUUCUACUCCCAAACAACAGGAA